UUCCCGAGAGAGAGCGAGAAGAAUUUACCAAACAGGUAGUCCGUCGCGGUACCCAUUGAAUAACCUCGACCAAAAGUCACCUUCGUGGUUUCGAAAAGUAUUAAACAUCUUGUGAUGAUUUGUGAUAGUCGUGGUGAUCUGUUUCUGGAAUAGUUGUGAAUUUUUGAGAAUAAUCUCGUGGUUCCGUUCCGAAUUAGAUGCGUGCGGUGCAUUUAUAGUACCAGUUGUUAUUAUUGAAAGGGAAAUCGAUCGGUUGUUUCACGCAAAUGAAAAAAAUGGAAGGAAAAAUCUCGCAUAGCGGUUUGUUAGCCCGAAGUCCGGAAGGUCACGCGGCCCGAGGAAUGCAGAUAAAAGGCAACGAAGACGUGUGGGUGGAGAUCCAAGCGAACACGUUCAGAAAUUGGGUCAACGAACACCUACCAAAAGAGCUACGGAUCGUCGACUUAUCUGAGGACUUACGCACUGGGGUGAGACUAUGUGCUUUAGUAGAAGCUUUACAAAAGAGACCCUUAAAACCAACGUGGAACAGAAAGCCCGUUAAUCAGCACCAUUACUUGGAAAACGUUACUACAGCCUUAAACGCCAUAGAGAAGGACGGUGUGAAACUUGUAAAUAUUGGAAACCUAGACAUAGUAAAUGGGAACCUAAAACUAAUCCUGGGCCUAAUAUGGUCCCUAAUCGUCCGCUACCAAAUCGGUCGUUCCAAAUUCCCACCCAGAAAACUAAUGUUGUCGUGGCUCCAGGCAGUACUGCCCGAAUGUAAAGUGAGCAAUCUUACCACAGACUGGAACUCCGGAGUGCUACUAUCCGCCUUGAUUGACUAUUGUAAACCAGGGCUCUUUUCCCAUUGGCGCAGACUAGAUAAGGCCAACGGAAUCGAAAACUGUCGAAAUGCCAUGGACGUGGCCCAAAAAGAUCUUGGAAUCCCCGCAGUUUUGGAGCCAGAGUAUUUGGCAUCUCCAUGGCUGGAUGAGUUAUCGGGCAUGACUUAUUUGUCAUAUUUCAUGAAACCUGGAUCGCCCGGCUUUCAGGCUACUUUAAAAUGGGUUAACUCCCGACUCGAUAGGCCAGUACAGAAUUUUACCAGCGAAUGGAACGACGGCAGGGUGAUAAGUGAGAUAAUAAGGUCUUUAGGUGGUUCCGCAGCUGCUCCGGAGAAACUACGCACCGAUCCACUGUUUUGGGAACAAAACCAUAAUCAAGCCAUUGAAGCUGGAAAGAAACUAGGUGUGCAACCGGUGUUAUCGGCAAAAGAUAUGGCGGAUAAAAACGUGGAACAUUUGGGGGUGAUGGCGUACGCUGCUCAUUUCCAAUGGAUCCCAGAGCGACCCCCUUUGCAUGACCUCAUUAACGUUUCCCUUAACUCGACCUCGGGAAGAGUAGGAGAGACUACUCACUAUCAAGUAACUCUCAAAAACUCCGACCUCACCUAUUCAAAAACAACCGUGGAAAUCCGCGGUCCAGACAACAAAAUCUACCAAGAAAAACGCUUAACAAAUGGCCGCGGCACCUUCGUACCAUCCAGAGUUGGAAUGCACGAACUCGCCGUAAACUACGACGGCCAAGAAGUACUCAGCGGUCACUACUUCAGAGUACUACCGCCUCUGGUUCAGGUGGCGCCACCAGGAAUGGCGCCCUGUGCCCUAGGCUCCUUGGUGCAGGUACUGGUGAACGCCACUGGAGCACCAAAGCGCGAAGACAUCUUGGUGACGGCCUACAGUCCUACAGGGCGACCGUUGGAUUGUCCCCUUACCACCAUUGAAGGCACCAACAGUGCCACAUUUAAACCAGACGAACCUGGAGAAUGGAGCAUCGAGAUCACUUAUCAAGGGAAACAAAUCCAGGGCGGUCCGUUUACUUGCUCCGUUUUCGAUCCUAAUGGGGUGCGAGUCUCCGGUUUAGAAGGGGCGCUGCCUUUGAUCCCUCAUAGUAUUGAACUGGACUGUAGGCAGGUUGGGGUGCCCGGGGAGGUGUUUGCUGAUAUAGUUCACGAUAAGCGAUCGGUGCAUUGUCACGUUGAGAAGGUUGAUAGUCAGGGGUUUCACUAUAGGGUGCAUUUCACCCCCAAGGAUGCCGGCAAGCAUAGGGUUUAUGUGUACUUUAAUGGAUAUGACGUCAAAGGAUCACCGUUUAUGAUGAGGGUGGGUACUCAGAGGCGCAGCAAGUCUUCGAAUUCUAGCCCCAAUAGCACCUAUCGGCAAAGCCCUACAAAUCGUUACGCUAGCCCCAGCCCCACGUCUAAAAAUACGAUUUAUAACAGUUACAGGCAGAAUGCUAGUCCUUUACUAGAAGAGACGCACAAGUAUGCUCAAGAUUACCAUAGCAGAUCAGUGGCAGCGGAAAAGGCCAGAUUUGCCUCGAGUUCGCCGAGUUAUGAAAGAAAUGGUAGUCCGAGCUACAUGCAUCGGACUGCCAGUCCAAACUACCCCCCUCAGAGAAAUGAAAGUCCUAACUUAAGAGGAUCUAGUCCGAUAUAUGGUCGGGAUAGUCCAGAUUUUAUUAGUAGUAAAAGAUUAAACGAGAAACGUUACGAAACAUCAAGUCCAAACUUCGCCCAAAAAACCGUAGACUCCAGUUAUACGAGCAAAAUAUCCUCCAUGAGAAUAAAUGAGUCCAGAAGUCCGAUUUAUGGUGAAAGAACGACCAGUCCGGACGUCGGGUAUUCUUCUACGAGCAGAAACGAAAAACGAUACAGCGAAAACCGAAGUUACAACGAUGGGGUCGAUACCACUCCAUUGGCGAGAGUUUCUACUAUGGCGGACCAGUCCACCCGCAGGGACUCUUGGGACGCAAUCAAUAAAACGAAAAACAUAUUUUCGGAAAGAAGUUUGGAGUCUCUGGCUAAUCUUACCGAUAAUCAGUUGGAUUCUGAGAUUAGGAGGCAAAAAACUGAAGAAAACAACAGUUUCACAGUAAACGAACAGAAAUACACGACAACGAACUACACGUCAUCGACCUCAGAAAAAUACAGCAACAACACGGACCACUACAAUGAAAGAAUCUACGGAUCUCCGUCCAGACUGAAGAGGAGUGGAGGAGCUUCCGCCAUCCGGGUCCAAGCGGUCUCCGAGGGUGUCUUAGGAAAACCGGUCGAGUUCGAACUGGAUGGUAGCGGAGCUGGUUCUGGUGACUUGGAGAUCCUCGUGGAGGGUGGCAGGGUCACCUCGAGCGUGAGGAGUCUCGGCAAUCAAAGGUUCAGGGCCGCCUUCACUCCUCACCAAGCGAUACCACAUAGGGUCGAUAUCAAGUUUAAUGGCGAUACCGUGCCAGGAAGUCCCUGGCACGUGGAUGUCAUGCCUACGCAAGGAUCGCCAGUAUCGGUGAUGGGCGAGUCCACUCGGCUCGUACCAGCCAACUCGCCCGCCAUUUUCGAAAUUAUCACGAACACGAAUCUCGCACCGGACGAUUUGCUCGUGCACGUGAUUGCACCGAGCAAAAGGACAGUUCCAGCCAGGGUGUUACCCGGAAAUCGCACAGGCAUCCAAAGUGUGGAAUUCGUACCCACAGAAGUGGGCACCCACAUCGUAGAAGUGACAGUGAAUGGAGAAAAACUCCCUUCGGGCCCUUUGAUAGCGAAAGUAUACGAUUCCAGCCUAAUACAAGUAGCCGACGUUAGUGGUGGGGUUGUGGGACAACCUGUACAGUUCAGAGUUGACGCAAGCCAGGCCGGCGAGGGCCAACUGGAAAUCUCCAUAAACGAAGGCGAGGUACCGAACCACGUCCAAGUGGUAGGCGGCGGUCGUUGCUUGGUAUCCUUCACCCCGGACCAAGCGAAACCCCACCUGAUAGACAUAAAAUUCAAUGGAGAAACGGUGCGUGGUUGCCCGUUCGUAUGCGCAGUCGCAGAUACGAGUCGCGUGACCUUGAGUUUAUCCCAUUUGGAGUUGGUGCCGGUGAACCAGCCGAGUUCGUUCCAUAUGGGCGUGGCAGGGGGCGGGGCCGCCGAGCUCGCGGUGGCGGUCAGAGGUCCCGUGGGCGAGUUACCGGUUAAAGUAACCGGGGAUAUUCAUUCUGGAUUUACCGCCGAGUUUACUCCGGUGCAGGUGGGAGCGCAUCAGAUCACCGUCGAUUAUAACGGGAGACCGGUGCAAGGCACCCCGUUUGUUGCGAAGGCGUUUGAUUCGAAUAAGGUAACGGUCGGUACCGUAGCCCGGGGUACCGUAGGACGUCCCGUGACAUUUGCAGUUGAUGCCAGUGAGGCAGGCGAGGGUAACUUGGAAAUCACGAUUUCGGCCCGGGGGUUGAACAUCCCCACGCAGGUUCAUCCUCAGGGUAAUGCACGGUUUGCCGUCAGUUUUGUUCCCGCUGAGGCGUGUGACCACGUUGUCAAUGUGGCAUUUAAUAAGAGACCGGUUGUGGGAUGUCCCCUGAUAGUAUCUGUGGGCGGUAGUGGUACGGGACCAAGUGUAACUUUACCGGGUCCUGGACCGGUGCACCGCCCUAGCACCCUCUUGGUAAACCACCCCGGAAGACUGGAAGAUAUCGAGGUGAACGUUGAGGGUCCAGGCGGUCAGGCGGUCCCCACCCAAGUGCAACCGCUCGGCAACGGUCAGUACCAAGCCGAGUUCGUUCCUAGAGUGGUCGGAGAACAUCGCAUUAAUGUCUCCGUAUGUGGAGUACCGACUGCCGGCAGCCCUUAUGCCGCCAAAGUCUACGACGUUCAAGCGAUCAAAGUCAAAGAGGCCGCCAGUGGAGUGGUGGGAAAAGCGGUGACAUUCUUGGUUGAAACGAGCCAAGCGGGUCCCGGGAACCUUGAAGUGACGGUAAACGGAGGCUUGGUACCGACGUCAGCUCAAGCCCAAGGACCUCACACCUACGCCAUCUCGUUCACACCGAGAGAGCCCACGGUACAUUCCGUAGAUCUUCGAUUUAACGGCCAAGACGUCCCAGGCAGUCCGUUUAAAUGCAACGUUGUACCAGCCGCCCGAAUUAUAUCCCCGGAAACGUUGGAUAAGGUCUCAGUUGGACGCGCUUGUACCUUCAUAGUUGAAAGCCCCACACCACCCAUCGUGGAAGUUCUAGGACCAGCCAGAAGAUCCCUCCAGACCCAAGUGAAUCCUCACCUCGGUGAUACGGGAAACUUCGAAGUUUCCUUCACACCUCUGGACGUGGGAGAUCAUAGCGUGGAAGUCCGCCUUCCGACCGGACACAUUGAGGGCAGCCCCUUCCUAGUCAAAGCCUACGAUGCCAGCAGAGUGACCGUCACCGAUAUCAUGGACGGUGUGGUGGGAAAACCGGUAUCUUUUAGCAUUAACGCUUCUCAAGCUGGUGCUGGAAACCUGGAAAUAAUCGUCGCGGUAGGAGGACGUAACGUGCCCAAUUUCGUCCAGAGCGAAGGCAACGCCAGAUUCAAAGUGAACUUCAAACCUACCGAAGCUGCCACUCAUACGCUCAGCGUCCGGUUCAAUGGCCAACCGGUACCUGGAUCGCCGUUCAGCUGUAAAGUGAGUCCUGGCAAUAUCCAGCCGAGAUUACCUGUUUCGGGAUCCGGGGUGGAGCUUGCGGCAGUGGACACCCCGGCUGAAAUUAAAAUUGAAGGAGUGACAAGUGGGGAGCCGCAGGUCGUGGUGACCGCUCCAACGGGAAAGCUUAUUCCAGUGAAAAUAUCUGGUAUCGGGGACGUGUAUACUGCCCAAUUUGUUCCAGAAAUGGUGGGGAGACAUUCCGUGGCCAUAUUGAUUAACGAUCAGCACGUGAUUGGGUCGCCGUUUAGCUGUAACGUGUAUGACGUUAACAAGGUUAAUGUCACUGGACUGCCUGGGAAGAAAAGCGGUGAUGUUAGUAGAGUGAUGAAUGAUUUAAGGUAUAUAGAUAAUUUAGAACUUAAUAAGGUUCACCUAAAAUUUCUGGAUUAUAGUGAACUUGGUCCAGCUGAAGUAGGCAAGCCGGUAACAUUCAGUGUAGACGCUGCUCAGGCAGGCGAAGGCACCUUGGAGCUCGUGGUAUCCACCCAGCACACAACGAUCAAAGCAGAAGUGGUGGCUUGUGCUAGAGGUCUCUAUGACGUCACCUUUGUGCCCUUAACUCCCGAAGAUCAUUUUGUGAAUAUCACUUUUAAUGAUAUUGCUGUAGGAGGCAGUCCUUUUCAUUGUCCAGUUAUUGAGACAACUCAGUACCUCCAAAUCGGCACCACCGGCUACAUGGACUUACCGUCAGAGAGUCAUCGUCUGGAAAUCAAAGAUCCCAACAACCAUAACGUAAAAUACGUCGUAAAAGACUACAAGGCCCAAUAUGUUUUGACCCAAACUGGCACCUACCAGAUCCACGUGUAUAAAGGCCACGAAAUAUACUCGACUAGGACCAUGCACGUCUUCGACACCACCAAGAUCGACAUAGUGAACGUUCCAGAAGCAACUUGCCAUCGGCCAGCGGUUGUGGGGAUCAAUAUGGCCAAAGUUGGUCCGGGACAACUGACCGCAUCGGUCCGAGUGGCCAACAGAGAUGUCGCCCAUAGCGUAAGACAGAACCCGAUGAAUCCCAACAUGUGGGAGAUCGUUUUCCAUCCCCUUAUCGCUGCACCCCAUAAGAUAACGCUGUUUUACAACAACGUACCAAAGUUUGGAGUACUGGAGGUGCCAGUAAAAAGUCCCGGAAGUGAGCCGUGGGCUGGCGGAGCUGGACUUUACCAAGCCAGGGUUGGAAAAGUCACGUCGUUCCAAAUAGACACCCUGGGUCGUUCGGCAAGGGAGUUCGAUGUAGUCGUGAGCGGUCCCACGGGAUCCGCGGUUCCUGUAAGGUGUUACCAAACGAAAACCGGGAAACUGCAAGCGGAAUUUACCGCGAGGGACGUCGGAGCUCAUAAGGUCGAGGUACUACAUCAAGCUAAACAGAUUAACGGAAGCCCCUUUACUUGCCAGGCCGCUGAUCCAGAUAAUGUUCGGAUCGUUGAUAUUCCGACGUCGCAAGGGAACGUGGGGGAGAAGAUUGUCUUUAAUGUUCUUACCAAGAAUGCCGGGAUUGCUGACUUGGAAGUCCAAGCCACGAAUCCGAUCAAUCAAACGUUGGCAGUCCAGGAAAUGUCCCUGGGGGAUAAUUUGGUUCAGAUUAGUUUCGUGCCUACGUCAGCUGGUCUGCAUCAGGUCGCCGUCACUUAUGGUGGAGUUCCGGUUAAAGGGUCUCCACUAGCCCUAGGAGUGGGCCCGGUAGGGCCUACUCCGCCACCAAGAGCUGUUGGUAAAGGGUUAGAAUUCGCCAAAGUAGGAGAAAAGGCUACUUUUACAGUCAGCAGCGUCAUUCAACCAAGAGUGUCUAUUGAAGCUGUCGAAGGGAACAUCGAGGCUCACAUCCAAAGUCCCAAGCCCGGAGAAUACACCGUCACAUAUAUUCCUAAAUGGGUUGGAACGUACGAUAUAAUUAUAGGGAUAGGACCCAAUGAUCUUCCCGGAUCACCAUUUAGGCCCAAUGUAGUAGAUCCCGAGGGAGUGAGGUUGAUCGGGGGUUGGGAUCAGUAUUUGGAUGAAUCCGGAAGGCUUAAGCUGCCGGCCAAGUUGGCCUUUGAUAUUUCAAAUGCCGGACCUGGUUCUCUCGAAUGCCGGAUCGAUGGCAGAAGAGUAAAUCCGGAUAAAAAUGGUACCCGUGUGAGGUUUGACUUGUCUGGUGAAGGCUUGAACUCUGGAGAGCACGACUUUGAAAUCAAAUUCGCAAACUCUGUUCUACCAGAUGCCCCAAGCAGCGCAGUCUCCUCUGGAGAUCAAGUGGUACUGACUGGAAGAGGUUUGGCGGAAGCCAAGUGUUGUGAACCCUCCGUGUUCACCAUCGAUGGUUCUAAAGCCAGUGCAGGAAACCCUGAGGUGACUCUGCAUGCGGCCGACACUAACAUUCCAGUGCCAGUAAUGAUCAGUUUGGCGGGUGAAAAAAUUUGGAGAGCCACCUACACCGUUAAUACACCUGGAAAUUAUCUGUUAUCGGUAUUAUGGACUGGAAGGCCUGUUAAAGGUUGUCCACUUAUGGUGGAGGCAAAGGGAGGUGCAGAUGCCUCUAAGGUCCUAUGCUCAGGUGAAGGUCUAAGACAAGGCGUGGUGGGUCGCGAAAUCCGCUCCUGGAUAGACACGAGAAGGGCCGGUCCUGGAGAACUUACCGCCCACUGUACCGGUCCAAGGAAAGUCGCUUACUGCGAACUGUACGACCAUGGAGACGCCACGUUUACCCUUAACGUAAAACCCCAAGAGCCCGGCAGACAUCAGCUUACCAUUAAAUAUGCCGGACAGCACGUUCAAGGAUCUCCGUUCAUCUUAAGGGUAGCGGGAGCACCCGAUGCCAGCAAAGUUAGGGUUUAUGGGCCGGGCAUAGAGCAUGGGGUCUUGGCGACUUUCCAGUCAAGGUUUAUUUGUGACACCAGAGGUGCGGGGGCGGGACAGUUGACCGUUAGAGUGAGAGGCCCUAAGGGGGCCUUCAGGGUGGAGAUGCAACGGGAAAGUCAAAAGGAUCGGACCAUAUUGUGCAAAUAUGAUCCAACGGAACCUGGUGAUUAUCGGGUCGAAGUUAAAUGGGCGGGUGAGUUGGUACCCGGGUCGCCCUUCCACGUGAUGAUUUUUGACACCCAGGAGGAGCUUAGGAGGUAUAUCGCCUCCCUGUAGAGUAGCAAUCGGUUUUUAACUUAGUUGAAUUUUUAAAUGGAGUUUAGUACAAACUGUUAUAGUUAAAAAAAAAUAUUUAUACAGGGUGGAGCAUGCAUAAGGGAUUUUUUAUGAAGGCUUAGAAUGAGUGAAGAAUUUUUUUUCGAGAGCAAAGUGCCACUAAUAGUUUGCUCCGUUUUGGUUCACUCUGUAUUUCAUCGAAACGAAAAUCUUUAUUUAAAAUUAUUUUUUUAAUUGUUUAAUAUAGUUUGUUAUAUUAUUAUUUAUUAAAAGAAAAUGAAAUAGAAGAAAAAUACAAGUACUGAAAUUGGUCAUAUUAUAGGCAUCUAUAUUUACGCUAAUAUUAAUGAAGGAUAACGAGAUUAUUUUAAAUUGUAUAUUUUAGUCUUUUAAUAAAAAUCCUGUUGUUUUUUAACAAAA